ACUAUUACAAACUUGCUUUUUAUUAAUUUCUUGCAGGCCAAAGCAUUGGCGCGAUAGAGCUCGUGUUCAAGUGUGGCUGCCGGAGUUGCUCAGUGUCGUUCUACGCUUGCCGUCGCUUUCUUCCAGUCGAUAGUGGAAAUGAACUUACCCCUUCAUCUGCAUUGUACAAUGCUAUUUGGAAAUAACAACACAAAAUGUUAGGUGCGUCAAUAGUGGAUCUACGACUUAAGAUUCCAAAUUAAAAGCAAAAUAUGGGAGGCCAACACAAAUAGGCAUUUGAAGACCAACAUGAGCUUUUUAAACCUGGCCCCUGCAAUGGGAAACCCAAAAUUUUGUUGGAAUUCAAUUUCCAAUGACAGUGAUCACAUCCUUCGCAGGAACCUCAUCUCAAUGCUUCAGAAUAGCAAAGACAUGAAUCAUGCCCGAUCAAUUCAUGCCAAAAUCAUAAGGAAAGGAAUCUUUCAAGAUCCUUUCCUUGUCUUUGAACUUGUCCGACUUUACUGUAAAAUCAAUUCCAUUGAUUAUGCCACAAAGGUCUUUCACCACAGUGAAAACCCUAAUGUGUACCUCUACACUGCUCUUAUUGAUGGUUUGGUUUCCCUCGGUUUCUUCACAGAUGCUCUUAACUUGUAUGCUCAAAUGAUCAACCAGUUGAUUUUUCCUGAUGAGUAUGUGAUCACUUCAGUCUUGAAAGCUUGUGCUCUUCUGCUUGCUCUAGGCUAUGGAAAAGGAGUUCAUUGUCAGGUUUUGAAAUUUGGGCUGAGUUUAAACCGAUCAAUAGCAUUAAAGCUUAUGGGACUAUAUGGGAAAUGUGGUAGAUUGGAAGAUGCUCGGAACUUGUUUGAUAAAAUGUCUGAGCGUGAUGUUGUUGCAUGCACACUUAUGAUAACUUGCUAUUUCGAUCACGGGCUAACUCAAGAGGCAAUGGCUUUAUUUAGUAAACUGCAAUCGAGUGACACGGUCUAUUGGACAGCAAUGAUAGAUGGGUUGGUGAAGAAUGGGGAGUUAACUAGGGCUUUGGAGAUAUUCAGAGAAAUGCAAGAAAAUAAUGUGAAGCCUAAUGAAGUCACCAUUGUUUGUGUUUUAUCUGCUUGUAUGCAGCUGGGUGCUUUAGAGUUGGGUCGAUGGGUACACAUGUACAUGAGCAAAUGCAAUAUCAAGCUAAAUCAAUUCAUUGGUGGUGCUCUAAUCAAUAUGUAUUCAAGGUGUGGUGAUAUUGAUGCAGCACAGUCAUUGUUCAAAAUGCUGAAGGUGAGAGACCUGACCACUUACAAUUCCAUGAUUGUAGGGUUAGCUAUGCAUGGAAAGAGCAUUGAGGCAAUUGGAUUGUUUAGAGAAAUGAUAAAGCGACGACUUGUACCGAAUAGCAUCACCUUUGUUGGCGUCUUGAAUGCUUGCAGCCAUGGAGGUUUGGUGGAGUUGGGUUAUGAGAUAUUUCAAUCAAUGGAAACAGAAUAUCGGAUUGAACCACAAGUACAACACUAUGGCUGCAUGGUUGACUUACUUGCUAGGGUAGGUAGGCUUGAAGAAGCUUAUGAUUUCAUUGGCAAAAUGGGAGUGCAUCCUGAUGACAGAAUGCUCUGUGCUUUGUUAAGUGCUUGUAAAAUUCAUAGAAAUGCCAAGAUUGGAGAUCAUGUUGCGAAAUUGUUGAGUGAGUGUAAUUCUAUAGAGUCUGGAUCCUACAUAAUGUUAUCAAACUUUUAUGCUUCAUCAGGAAGAUGGAAUUAUGCUGCAAAACUGAGAAAGAAGAUGGAGAAGGGAGGAAUCUUGAAGGAACCAGGUUGUAGUUCCAUUGAAGUCAAUAGUGUCAUUUAUGAAUUCUUUUCAGGAGACCUAAGACACCCUCAAAGGAAAAGAAUCUAUGAAAAGCUAGAGGAGUUGAACUAUUUGACAAGGUUGGAAGGAUAUAUACCUGCAACAAAAUUGGCUUUACAUGAUGUUGAUGAUAAGCAGAAAGAGUGGGCUUUGGCUGUGCAUAGUGAGAAGCUUGCAAUAUGCUAUGGACUAAUCUCAACUGAGCCAUGCACGACAUUAAGAAUCAUGAAAAAUAUAAGGAUUUGCAAUGACUGCCAUUCAAUGAUCAAGCUCAUAGCGAAAAUUACUGGCAGGAAAAUUGUGGUGAGGGAUCGCAAUAGAUUCCACCAUUUUGAAAAUGGGGUUUGUUCUUGUAAGGAUUAUUGGUGAGAGGGAAACAGAAGAGUGACACUUAGGCCUUGUUUAGUACAAGGCAUUGAAUUUGAAGGGAUUGAGAAUGGAAAUGGGAAUGGGAAUGGGAAUGGGCAUAAGAUUGGGAGUGGGAAUAAGUUUUAAAAUAAUAUUUGAUAUGUCGUGUUAUCAAUUAUCAAUAUGACUGGGGGCUUGGGGGCAUGGGAUAUCCUGGCCACCUCUAUCAUUGGGCAUGGAGGAGGAAGGACAAGUGAGGGUAGGGGGGGUGACAAAGGGAAUGAGGUAAGGGCAGCUUGGUAUGAAAUUUCCAAUCACACAACUGAUUUUCCAAUACUAAGAGUGGUAUAUUGGGUAUCUCAUGUAAGUUGGGAUUGGUAUUAGGAUUGAAAUGCUCAAUAUCAUGUACCAAGCAUCAAAAUGUGAUACCACCCAAUCCCAGAUCUAACCCUCCAAACAGGGCCUAAUAUUCAGACACAAUUCAUGCAACCUUGAAACAUUUGUUAUCAUAAAAUCAGUAAUUUGACUGAUUUCCAUGAUCAUUUUUGCCAAACAAAAGAGAAGAUAUGUCAUUUAACUUUUGAAAAUUAUAAUCCCCUACAAUUUAAUUCUUAAUUCAUUUCUAUCUGAAAGUAUUUGAAGAGUGCAUUUACUUAAGUGUAUAUUUCUUUUAAGAUAAAUACUGUGUAUAAAAGGAUUGAUACAUAGCUAGUUACACAUGUUGAAUAGCAAGUUGCACAUUGGGGAAGUUAUUCACUAGUGAGGGUGGGUGAAUGCACCCCUUCACUUUGAAAAAAAUUAUAAGUUUUAUAUGUAAA